UUUUUUUUUUCCUCUUUCUCCCUUUCACUCUAUAGUUUCCAGUUAAUAUAUAUAUAUUUUGUAAUGAAAUUAUCGUUGUUAUUGCUUGGUUUAUUUCCUUUUGUAUUGGCAACUAAAAAUAUACCAGAAAUAGAAGAAGGUUAUGAAAAAGUGACUUGUGGUAGUACUAUUAAAAUUGCCAAUAAAGCAACACAAUAUCGGCUUCAUUCUCAUGGUGUCUCUUAUGGUAGUGGGUCAGGUCAACAGUCAGUCACAGGAUUUGUAGAAAGAGAUGAUCCAAAUAGUUUCUGGUUAGUUAGAGCAGCACAUAAUAGACAAUGUAUUCGAGGACAAGCCGUACCUUGUGGUGCUAUUAUCCGAUUACGCCAUACCAAUACCAAAGGAUACCUCCAUAGUCACUUGCAUUCUUCACCUUUAUCUGGACAACAAGAAGUCAGCUGUUUUGAUGGUAACGAUGGUGGAGAUGAUUGGCAAGUUCAAUGUGUAGAUUCGACUCAAGAAUUCUGGUUACGUGAACAACCUAUUCAUUUGAUUCACGUUGAUAGCAAUACUUAUUUGACUAGUAGUCCUCAAUAUCAAUAUGGACAACCUAUUCCUGGACAAUUGGAAGUAGCUACUGCAAAAUCAAGUUCAAAAAAUACUCAAUGGAUCGCUCAGGAAGGGAUUUAUUUUGCAUCAACAUCAUAAUGAUAGUAAAAUAGUAUAGAGAUGAGUGGAUAGUCUUAGUGUAGAUGGUUAUGAAUCGUUUUAUAUAUAAAUAAAUAUAUAUACAAUAUUUAUAUUUUGUAUACGA